AAAAAAAGGCGCGAGUUAAGAAAACUAAAGAAGUUGCAUUCCUUAAAGAAAAAGCAUAAACACGAUGAUCAUGUAUACGAAUCCUCACGUAAGAGCAAAUCUGAAAAUUUACGAAAGAGCUCCCCAACCUAUGUACCAAGAAUGUCACCAACGGACAUUGCAAAUAAGAACGCGAGAUCUCCCAUGGAUAUCAUGAAUUUGUUGCUAGUGUCGGAUGACAAUGAUGUUGCUCAAACGUAUGGAUCAGAUAGUAAUUCAGCUUCAUCAGUUUGCACCCCGACUUCAACUCCACCAUCGACCCCUGAUUCCAUGAGUCCGUUAGAUCAACAAACACAUAAACUACCAAAAAUUAUGUCCUCCGGACUAAAAAGCAAGGGAAAUUCUUUUGCAAGAGUGAUGAUUGAUCGCGGAGUCUCCGACCAUUCAUCAAUUUCCACGGAAUUAAACAAUAUAAAUCCUAGUAGGAUUCCCUCUACACCGCAUUUAGAAUGGGAGGACCUAAUUAGAAACAUUGAAGACAUGAAUCUUGAUACAAGUAACUUGGAUAAUAUAGUCCUUAACAUUCAAUGGAAAAGCAACCCUCUGGAGAUCUCGCAUUUGCAGCGUUAUGAGGUUUUACAUAAGACCGAGGCGAAG